AUGUCGAAGCAGUGCCGUCGAGGUGGCAAGGCUCCGCUCACCAGCCCGCGCCGCCGCGGCGGCAGCACGGCGGUGGCGAUGUUCGGAGCCGCGGGGGCUGGCGCGGGCGCCCCGCCUGGCCCGCUUGGGUUGGGCCCUGGCGGGGGGCUCCUCGGCGUGGGCGGCGGCGGAGUGCUGGGCGGCUUUCUGGGACUGCCGCCUGGCGUCGGCGCCCUGCUCCCGCCGCCGCCUGCCGGAGUCGCGGCAGAGGCGCUGGCGCUGGAGCAGGAGCGCCAGCAGCCCUGGGCGGCCCCGUGGUGCCGGGCCGUGACCCACGGCCUCCUGGGACUGAGCGCCGGCUGCCGCGUCGAGCUGGUGAUGUACGAUGCUGCCUGUCAGCCAAGCGGGACGACGACGAUGACCGUGACAGGGCUGUAUCCGCCUGACGCGGCAGGAGAGUUCGUGGAGUGCACAGUGGAGAGCAGCAGCGACCCUCUCUACCUGCCGAUCCUGCAGGGCAUCUUCGCGAUGGGAAGCAGCGUGGUGCACCUCUGCACCCAGGGCGUGGCGACUUGCUGUCGCACGACCGCUUGGCCAGGGCGCAACGUGGUGCACUCGGACACGUUGCGCGUGCUGGGGGCGGCCGGGCCUGGAGGCGGUGCCGCUGAUGGCGCUGGAGCCACCCCGCCUGGCGCCCUCCCUGCAGGCGGUGCGCCGCCCGCCGCUGACGCUGGACCCGUGGUGCCGGGCAAGAACGCAGGUGGAGCUCCCAAGGGCUCAGGCGGUGCCGACGGUGAGGACGUGGAUGGCAGGACGGCCGAGGAGAUGAGGAAGAUCGUCAAGAGGCUGAAGGAGAAGCUUCAGAGGAAGCGCUCCAUGGGCGAGGCGCUGGCCGAGCGCGCCGAGGCUGCGCUGGAGGGCCGCCGCAGCCGCAAGAAGCAGAAGAACAGGGACAAGGAUAGCUCCGACAGUGCGAGUUUUGAUGAGGCCCCGACCGCUGGUUCCGGCCGCCGAGUGCAGAAGCUGGCCCGCUCCGACCCCGGGGCGCUCAUGGCGGCGGGUCUGAAGCAGAUCCGAGAGUACUUGGCGCAGCGGGGCGGGGCCGACAACGAUGAUGAGCUGGAUAGGAUGGCGUCCAACGUGGUGCAGUAUAUCACGAGCGUGUGGCACGGCAUGCACCCUCAGAACGAGAUGGGGGUGCGGAAUGUGCGCGAGAUGAGGAUGAUCGGGGAGUGCCUGGACGCCCUCACGAGGGGCGAUCUGCCGCAGCUGGGCGACAUGCUCAUGCAGAGGCUGAAGGCCAUCGAGCAGGCCACCAAGGACGGGCACUGGAAGAUAGCCGAGCACCUCGAGCUGAUCGACUCCACCGACAUCGGGCUGGCCAGCAGCGCCGAGGCGUCGGCGGCCGUGGCAUCCUACUCGGAGGGUGCGAACCGGGACAGGUGCUGGCGAGAGAUCGGGGAGCCCGAGAAGCCCGUCGCCCCACUGGCGGCCAGCACCUGGCUCGAUCAGCCCUGGAGUGGAUCGCAAGCCGGCCCUUCGGAGACCCUCGAGCCCUGUUCGUCGCGUGAGGCGAAGGCUGGCAACAAGGGCAAGCCGAAGGGCGACAAAGGGCAGCACCGCGGGACGCCACCUUGGCGCUCCUUCGAGGGCACUCGAGAGGCGUGUGACUGCACGUCCGACGGCAGCUGGGAGUCCGAGAUCACCUUCUCCUCGUACCUUGAGGAUGAGUGCAACGGCGCCGCUCAUGGCGCAGUCUCGGACGAGCCGUCCACGCGAAUUCACGACUUUCCUUACUUGAACCCGACGCGUGCCGCCAGUGAGCUGGGCAGUCUCUGUGGAGCUCCAGUUCGUGUUGUGGGACGCCGUCUAGCUGACCUCAGUACUUCUUCGCCCGCGUCGAGCGGGGCACUUGGCAAUUUUGAUGCGAAGUCGUACGAUGAUAUCCUCUCACCACUGACCGCAGGGAACGGACGGCGUGACCUGCUGCCGUUGCCCUGCGUCGAUCUGACGAUCGAGGAGUUGAGCAUGAACGGCGUUGUGUUCGGCGAAUCGGAGCCAGUCGAUCCCUCCUUCGAGGACGACCUGAACGGCUGGCUGAAGCUCACUGUCCUGAGCCUGAACUUCCAGUACGCGCUGGGGGGCAAGCAUCCUGGUCUCAAGAUGGCCCCCUGGAAGGUAAGGCACGGGCCCGCCAGCGCGGUGCAGCUGAAGGCCCUGAGGUUGCUGGCCAGGAGUGUGGGCACGUUCCUAUGCCAGUACGAGGGCUCCGUGGCGAACCUCGACUGGACCCAGGAGCUGAAGUCGUCGGCAGUGAGCUACACGGGCAUGGAGGUGUACCCAGCCGAGCAGCUAGACCGCGAGCGCCUCUUGCUCGCCCUGCCGUCGAAGGAGGCUUGCGGCUCGGCAUUGGCGACCGAGGUGAGCGAAGGCUGGAUCAGGAGCGUGCUGGAGCACCCGGAGUGGGUGAUGAAGAGCCCCGCGGAGCUGGGCGAGAUGCCCAAGACCCCGCGCGUCUCGGCCGAGGAUGACGAGUGGGAGCUCAUCGCGGCCGAGCUCGUGAACAGGGGCAUCCUCGUCCCGAUCGAGGCCGACGAGAUCGUGAAGGUCAAGGGCCGUCGCGUGCUGGGCGGCCUCUUUGGUGUACGAAAGUCGGGACACGUCAAAGGCUCGGGGCCGCAGCGGCUAGUGAUGAACAUCAUCCCGAGCAACUGGUUGCAGGAGACGGUCCAGGGGGACAUGGGUCUCCUCCCGACGACAGACAAGUGGAAGAGCAUCAUCCUGAGGAGCGGCGAGGUGAUGAUGAGCUCGUCGGAGGACCUCAAGUGCUGCUUCUACGUGUACCGGUUGCCCGCGGUGUGGCACAAGUACAUGGCGCUCUCCAAGAAGGUGAGCAGGUCCUGCCUCGGUCUUGACGGGACCGGCGAGGUGCACGUGGCCGCGGCCGUGAUCCCAAUGGGCUGGGUGUCGGCGACAGGCAUCAUCCAGCACAUCCACCGGCGGCUGCUUCGUGAGUGGCUGGAGGGAGUGUACAUCGGUCGCACAGGGCAGCGGUAUGGCUUCUCCCCAUCCAAGUGGGCGAACCCCUUCAAGGUGUCAAAGAUGAUGCCGAGGAGCGAGGCCAUCGCGAAUUACGAGAGCCACCUGCGCGACUCGCCCGAUCUGCUGGCCUGCUUGCCCGAGCUCUCGGGCUGUCGCCUCCUGUGCCACUGCAGGCGAGGGCAGCGCUGCCACGGGGACGUGCUGGUCAAGAUGUGGGCGGAGACGGUGCCGAAGGCGACGAGAGGAGAUGACACGCUCAUACCGGAGUGUGCUGGUACGGCCUGCUGGGUGGUGUGGCCGGUGUACAUCGACAACCUUGACGUGCUGGAGGUUACCGACGAGGUGGUGCAGCUGGCUUGCGAGAGGUACGCGCAGCGGGGGGUGCCCAGGAGCGAGGAUAAGGCAGUGUGCCGUGAGCCUGUCAGUCAAGUUUUGGGUGAGCUCAUUGACGGCACGAGGGGCGUGAUCAGCCCGCCCCUGGAGUUCGUGUACCGUCUGCUGGGCCUCACCUUCGCCACGCUGGAUCGGAAUGUGCUGACUCAGACUUGGCUGCAGGUGGUGGCGGGCCGCUGGGUGCGAGCGAUGAUGUUCAGGCGUGAGACGAUGUCCGUGUUCGACGACCUGUGGCGUGCCGUGGUGCGCUGGAGAGGCGAGCGCAGGCUGCCCGCUCCCGUUCAGAGGGAGCUGCUGCUGGCCGUGGGGCUCCUGCCGCUCAUGAGGUGCGACCUCAGGACGCCCGUGAGCGGGCUCGUGACCGUGUCCGACGCCAGCAUGCGCAAGGGGGCGGUAUGCCGGGCUGUGCGCCUGCUCCCACACGGCGUUGAGGCAGCCAAGGCUUCUCGCAGGCGCCAGGUGGGGCGGCUGCAGGUGGAAGACGGGCCCUCGCUGCUGGGGCUGAGCGUGGCCGUGUAUGCUGCGUCGGAGACGGACCCAGAGGCCUGCCGCGUGGUGAAGCACGCGUGGCCGGACGUGGUGGAGCUGGGCGACGUCUCGAAGCUGAGCGCGCAGGACAUCGCCAAGAUCCGAGACAGGGCCCCUCAUGUGCGCUGGGUCCUCCUGUUUGCUGGAGCUCCCUGCGUGGACCUCACCAGGCUGAGCGUCGACAGGCGAGGGCUGUCAGGAGCGAGGUCGGGCCUUUUCUACGAGAUCAAGCGGGUGAAGUCGCUGGUGAAGGAGGUGUUCCCCGUGGAGGUCGAGGUGUUCGACUUGAUCGAGAAUGUGUCCUCCAUGACGGCCGAGGAUCGCGACACGAUGUCAGAGCACAUGGGGCUGGCCCCGGUGAUGAUCGAUGCCGCCGACAUCUCACACGUUCGCCGAGAGAGGCUCUACUGGUGUGACACCGACCUCAUGACGCCGUGGCAGGGCGAAGUCUGUGUGAAAAGUGAGGUGGUGAAAGUGACGAUCCCUGGAGGUCCAGGCCCGCUGGGCCGCUGGCUGCGCCCUGGGCGAGAGUGGUCAGGAGCCGAGGUUCCUGAGCAGCGUCUGCCCACCUUCGUGAGGUGCAUCCCGCGCGGGCGUGCCGGCGACAAGCCAAAGGGCCUGCACCAGUGCAGCGAGGCCGAGCUGGAGCGUUGGCGGAGGCACGACUUCUGCUAUGCGCCGUACCAGUUUCGAGAUCCUCACUGUCUGCGAUGGCAAGGAGGUGCGCUGGAGCCUGCGGAUUCCUUUGAGAGAGAGAUGUUGAUGGACUUCCCACCUGGGCACACGGCGACAGCGCGGGCCACGCGGUUCCGCAAGCUGGCUGAGCUCGAGGUGGUACGUUGCGCCCUGCUGGGCAACUCGUUCCAGUGCGGCGUGGUGGCAUGGAUAGUGGCGCACUGGGCUCACCGACACGGCUACCUGGACUCGGUCCCCACGAUGGCGGAGGCGCGGGCGGUCGGAGGCGCCUUCGACGCUGCCGAGGGCCUGGCGCAGGUAGCCAAGGAGGGCGACGACAGCGGGGUGGUGAUCAGGGACCGUGGCCUUGAAGAGGCCGAGGCGCAGGCGGACCCGAGCAUCCAGAUCGUGGAGGAGCUGAUCCGGCGAGCUGAGGUGAGGGGCUCGGACGUGCGCCUCGACACGCUGGAGGUCAUGCGCCCUGACUUGUGGCCACGCCGCCCGAUCAGCGUGAGCCGCUGGACGUGGAAGACAGUGCUGGUCUGGAAGUGGAGGUGGAAGAGCCACAUCACGGCGCUGGAAGUGCUGAGCACGCUGGCAGGCCUUCGCUGGCGCUUCAGAGUGGGCCAUCACCUUGGCACGAGGUUCGCUCAUCUGAUGGAUUCGCAGGUUGGACUUGGUGUGAUAUCGCGGGGGCGCUCCUCCUCGCAUCUGCUCAACGCAGCCGUCAAGAGGAUCUCAGCUCUGGUCCUGGCGGCGUCGGCAAGACCGAUCUACGGGUACACCGAGACCGACAAGAACCCAGCCGACGACCCUUCGAGGGAAGGCGGCAUGUCAGCUUUGGUGCGGCCGCCCGGUGCCGGGAAAGGCACGCCUGCGAGCUGGUGCGGGAUGGCGGAGGAGGCGAGCUCAGCGCAGUGGCUCGCCCCACCAGGAUGCGGCCCCGUGGACGUGACAUGCAGAGUCUGCGCUGGUGCUUCCGCGGUCGGAGACCGUGGCUUCUGCUUCCCGUUUGAGCAGGGCGAGCGGUGCAUCGCUGUCUGGCCGCCGCAAGGCGGGACGAUCGGCACCGCCCGCAGAACAGCUGGCCAGCGGAACAACGCGCACCGCUGGCCAGAAGAUCGCGCCCGGGCGCAGGUUUCUGGGAGCAUCGAGUCGGACCUCGGGCAGCGGACCGCGGCGGAGACCGGCGCGGAGGCCGCCGCACCUCGCGCGUCGCAGGGCGCCACGUGCGAAGCGUGCGGGGCCAGAGGGAUCCUGCUCUCGUUCAGCGAUCUCCCCUGGUCUCCGCUGGCUUCUGUGGACCUGGAUGGGCUCCGGUCAACGCCCGGGGCUGCCCCGCUCGACUUCAGGCGAGUCUCAUGGAGCCAGGGCUUGUACGACGUUUUGCGGGCCCUGGAGGCGGUGAACGCCACGCAGACCUUCCUGAAGCGGCGGUCCGAGGAGAUCAAGGUGCACAAGGUGACGAGCGGACCGCUGGUGGAGGUGAAGGCUCAGCUGAUGAAGAUGCGGGUCAGGGCCAGCAAGGCCCAAACCAGCCACAGCAACAUGAAGACGAAGAUGGAAGCAGCGACGAAGGAGAUCGAGAAGGAGCUCCGGGAGGAGAAGCGGCGGCGGCAGGAGGCGGCGGCCAAGGCGGAGGCAGCCGCGAUGACGCAGGAGGCCACUGAGGCUGUGGAGUCUGUGGCUGCCGAGGUGGAGAAGGCAGCAGUGGCGGCGGAGGAGGCCGCCAAGAGCAAGGGUAAGGGCCCUGACGACGCGCUGGCCGCCCUGGAGCAGUCGGAGAAGGACGUCGAGGCCGCGCUCGCCUCCCUGGUCGGCGUGCAGCAGCGGCUGGCGAAGAUGUCGGGGCAG